CCAUCUUCGUUAACCUCCAUAGUCUCGCCACCAACAAGAUCCCUAAUGCAGCAGAUGCUCACUUCUUCCAAUUCUUACCCGCCAGUUCUUCACUUGAAUCGUGCUUUGGGUCGACAAGUACAACCUAAAACCCUAGAGAAGGUUCUUGUUCACCAAGUCAUCGCUCAAAAUUUUAAGAAAUUGGUCACUGAGCAAGAUUGCCCCCAUUUAUUAUUCUAUGUGCCUCCAGGUUCCGGCAAGAAAACCCUAAUUAUGGCCCUUCUCUGGCAGAUGUUUGGGGCCAGUGCUGACAAGGUGAAAGUAGAGAACAAAAACUGGAAAGUUGAUGCUGGAAGUAGGACUAUUGAUUUGGAACUUACAACUCUAUCAAGCACCCACCAUGUGGAGCUGAACCCCAGUGAUGCCGGGUUUCAAGAUCGGUCGAUUGUCCAAGAAAUUAUUAAAGAAAUGGCAAAAAAGAAAAAACCGAUUGACACCAAAGGAAAGAAGGGUUUCAAAGUACUGUGCUCAACGAGGUUGAUAAACUUUCAAGAGAAGCACAGUCUUUAAGAAGAACGAUGGAGAAAUAUAGUGCCUCGUGCUGUCUUAUUAAAGUAGACAAGGUUCUUUUGAUGGUGGCGGGACUAUAGAGGUCAAUGGUGAUGGUGAUGAUGUCGGUGGUCGACAGUGUUGGUGGGCGGUGGUGUAGGUGGUGGUGGCCUGAUGAUGAUAGUAUGUAGAGAGAGAGAAUACAGGGGGAGAGAGAGAGAGAGAGUAAAGGGGAGAUGAUGAUGAUAAUGGUUUAGAUUUAUAAUUUUUAAAAUUUGACUUUUUUUCGUUAAAUGACGAUUUUGCCCUCACAUGGGUUGCACAUGACCUCACUUAACUAAAAGUUUUAACCAGGUUAGGGUUAAAGGACCUAAGGUGUAAUAGGU